AUGAUUCAUAAUCAUUUUUUUACGUUUUCGUGUCAACUUGAGAACACCAUUGCCGUGGACUCCCUGGAAGUGGCUAAACUAUAUGCUGAAGCCUCCCGCUUGAAGGAGAAACAGCGUGAAUUGGACGAUGAGAUCGCUUCACGUAAUGGCAUGAUCAACAAACUUGAAAGCGAGAUUCAUCAAGCCAAUAUUCAAGUAGAGCGAAAGCAGGGUGCCAUAGACCUACUGAAUAAACGACUGGAGAGCUUAAUGUUGAAAACUGGAGUGAGAUACUGA